GAACCGGUUGCAAGAAACCAAUCGCAGGGCACCCAGAAACAAACAACUAUCCGCGAUUGAGUGGCAACCAGGUGUACCCUGCUUACUGCCCGAAGUCAGCUGCGAUCGGCUCCAGCACGCCCGCGACCCUCGUGAGGAAAAACCAGUUCAGAUAAGGGAUGGAUGGAUGACAUCGGUCUUCCAACCUUGGUUUACGUGUGGGCCACCCAGCUGUGCAAGCGCGGCCACUGUUUUGAUUGACUGGCGCCUCGUCCAAUGGCAUCUCCCGGCUCAGCAUCCCGCCUCCUCUAAGUACCCCAAUGGGGAACGCGUCAAUCGUUGAGUCCACAGUUUCUGGAGAAAGGCGUCGGAUGUUUGCUAGCCGCUAAACGGAGCUCGUUCCCGGUGUGGUGCGUACGUCACGACCGGACCAGUGGUGCUGGUACGGAGGAGGCGCGUCUCACCUUCCCCGAGCGUUGAGCUCCCUGUUUCGGCUUGGAUGGCGACGCCGACCUGAUCCCGGAGCCUCGCACCCACCGGGUGGCUGGCGGAGGCGGUGAUGAUUCCCUGCCCAACGACGCCUGGCUCCUCCUCGGCGGCGCAGGUGUCGGCCGGUUUGAACCGAAACAGCCACCGUCGGGGAUGUACCACUCACCGUCAUCGAUGCCAGCCCGUCUGCGGGGAGCAGCGACGCUCCCCUCGGGCGCCUCUUAAUUGGGCCCGAUGAUGUGGAGCCGAAUCCACCUGGAGCUAAUGUUCCCGAGCGUCGCGGGCCAACUUCCCUUGUGGCUCGCAUGAUUGAUUCCCCCCCACCCCCAAUUUAAAUACAAUUUUAGCAGGAUUAUCACUUUAAGAAUCCUUUUGGAAUUAAUGUUUGGCAGCCAAAGUUUGACGUUUGGAUUUACUGCAAGUAAAAAGUGGCCGCAACUACAGCGAUGUGUUUGUAGUUGAGUUUUUCCUGACCAUGUCCAGAUCCAACAGUGUCAGCCCACCCUCUGGCGGUCCUGCCCUGCGGGGCGGCGUGGAGCACCGGUCAGCCUGGGGUGAGUCUGACUCUGUGGCUAAUGGGUGCGCAUACCCUACCCGGAGACCCAACAGCCACUGGAGGGAUGACGACGACCCCCUAGAGCGCCGCCGGGCCGGACGUCCUGGCCAGGUGACCACUAUGGUGAGCCGGGUCAGCUUCCGCUCUCGCUCUGCAUGGCAGGAGCGCGGAGACGAGGUCCGGGCCAAGUCUGUUGAGCUGGGCCUCCCUCAGGACGGUGUCGCCCCCACGCUGGAGGUCGGCUUCUCUGCGCCGGCAUUCUGGUCCGGGGUGGCGCACGUCUUCAGCUCCAAGAAGUUCCAAUCGGAGAACCUGGAGCGGCUGUAUCAGCGCUACUUCUUCCGGCUCAACCAGAGCAGCCUGACCAUGCUGAUGGCCGUUCUGGUUCUGGUCUUUGGCGUCAUGUUGCUCUUCCACUGCUUGGCUGGCAACGAGCCGAGCGUGGCCUACGUGGUGGUCUUCUCCGCCGCCAUCCUUCUGACGUUGGCGCUGAUGGUGGCGUGCAACCGGACUGGUUUCCGUCAGGACCACAUGUGGGUGGUGUGCUAUGCUCUCAUCCUGCUGGUGCUGCUGGUGCAGGUCGUGGGCGUGCUGUUGGUGCGACCUCGAGACGCCUCGGAGGGCAUCUGGUGGACCGUCUUCUUCAUCCACGUGGUCUACACGUUGCUACCCGUCCGCAUGCGAGCUGCAGUGGUCACCGGACUGCUGCUGUCCGCCCUGCACGUCGGCCUGUCCUGGAUGCAGAACAACAUGGAUCCCUUUCUCUGGAAGCAGCUGGUGUCCAAUAUGCUGAUAUUCUUGUGCACCAACAUCGUGGGUGUGUGCACACAUUACCCGGCCGAGGGCUCUCAGAGGCAAGCCUUUCGGGAGACGCGGGAAUGCAUCCAAGCUCGCCUGCACUCGCAGCGGGAGAACCAGCAGCAGGAGCGUCUGCUGCUGUCGGUGCUCCCCCGCCACGUCGCCAUGGAGAUGAAGGCGGACAUCAACGCCAAGCAGGAGGACAUGAUGUUUCACAAAAUCUACAUACAGAAGCACGACAACGUCAGCAUCUUGUUCGCAGACAUCGAAGGCUUCACAAGUUUGGCGUCUCAGUGUACGGCUCAGGAGCUCGUCAUGACGCUGAACGAACUCUUUGCUCGCUUUGACAAGUUGGCAGCGGAGAAUCACUGCCUCCGCAUCAAGAUCCUUGGUGACUGCUAUUACUGCGUGUCGGGCCUUCCCGAGGCCCGUGCUGACCACGCCCACUGCUGCGUUGAGAUGGGCCUGGACAUGAUCGAAGCCAUCUCGCUGGUCCGGGAGGUGACGGGCGUCAACGUGAACAUGCGAGUGGGCAUCCACAGCGGGCGCGUCCACUGCGGCGUGCUGGGCCUGAGGAAAUGGCAGUUUGACGUCUGGUCCAACGACGUCACGCUCGCCAACCAGAUGGAGGCUGGCGGGAAAGCGGGGCGCAUCCAUAUCACCAGGGCCACGCUCAACUAUCUGAACGGCGACUACGACGUGGAGGCGGGAGCGGGAGGCGAGAGGAACCCUUACCUGAAGAGGAACAGCAUCGAGACGUUCCUCAUCGUCGGAUGCAGCCAGAAGAGGAAAGAGGAGAAGGCGGUGAUCGCCAAGAUGAAUUGUCACCGGGCGAACUCGCUGAGUCACAACAGCAGCCACUGGACGGACAGACCUUUCUACAACCACCUGGCCAACAACAACCAAAUUUCCAAAGAGAUGAAGAGGAUGGGCUUUGAAGACCCAAAGGACAAACACGCGCAAGAGCACAUGAACCCCGAGGACGAAGUGGACGAGUUCCUGGGCCGAGCCAUCGACGCCCGCAGCAUCGACCGCCUUAGGUCGGAACACGUCAGGAAGUUCCUGCUUACCUUCAGAGAGGCUGACCUGGAGAGCAAGUACUCCAGACAGGUGGACUCCCGCUUCGGGGCGUACGUGGCGUGCGCCUCUCUGGUCUUCCUCUUCAUCUGCUGCAUACACGUCGUCGUCGUGCCUCCCUCGGGCGUGAUGAGGGGCUUCUUCACAUGCUGCCUGAUCCUCCUGAUGGCGCUCGUGUUCGUAUCCAGCGUGUACUGCUGCUACGGGGUGUUCCCGGCGGCCCUGCAGACCUUUUCCAGGAGGAUCGUUCAAUCGCGUCUCAAUAGCACCCUGGUGGGCGUGGCCACCAUCGUGGUGGUCUUCCUGUCAGCCUUCGCCAACAUCUUCAGCUGCAGCGGGCACGACCUUCGCGGCUGCAUCGGGGCGGAGCUUAACAUCAGCCGGGAUGCGGUGGACGCCUGCCACGCCCAGUUACUUAACUACAGCCUGGAUGCACAGACGGGUCCCUGUGGGGACCAAGCGCCCUUCUGUGGAUUUCCCGAGUACUUUUCGUGGUGCGUGGUGCUGAGCCUGCUGGCGUGCUCGGUGUUCCUGCAGGCACACAGUCUGGGCAAGCUUGUGCUCAUGCUGUCAAUGGAGCUGCUCUACCUUCUGGUUUUGGAGCUGCCGCGGGCCGCGCUCCUCGACAACCGCGACAUCCUCACCGUGGCCAACGCCGCCCAGCACGUGAAUGGAACCAGCUGCGUGGCGGAGUCGAAGGUGCCUCUGAAGAUCAUGACGCCCGUGGUCAUCACCGUCUUCGUGCUGGCACUCUACCUGCACGCCCAGCAGGUGGAGUCCACGGCCCGACUCGACUUCCUCUGGAAGCUGCAGGCGACGGAGGAGAAGGAGGAGAUGGAGGAGCUGCAGGCAUACAACCGCCGGCUGCUGCACAACAUCCUGCCCAAGGACGUGGCGGUGCACUUUUUGCAGCGCGAGCGCCGCAACGACGAGCUCUAUUACCAGUCGUGUGAGUGCGUGGCGGUCAUGUUCGCCUCCAUCAGCAACUUCUCCGAAUUCUACGUGGAGCUGGAGGGAAACAACGAGGGCGUCGAGUGCCUCCGGCUCCUUAACGAAAUCAUCGCCGACUUUGACGAGAUCAUCAGCGAAGACAACUUCCGUCAGCUGGAGAAGAUCAAGACGAUCGGCUCGACGUACAUGGCGGCGUCGGGCCUGAACGCGAGCACGUACGACAAGGUGGGCCGCUCGCAUAUCCGCGCCCUGGCCGACUACGCCAUGCGCCUCAUGGAGCAGAUGAAGCACAUCAACGAGCACUCCUUCAACAACUUCAAGAUGAAGAUCGGUCUGAACAUGGGUCCCGUGGUGGCCGGCGUGAUCGGGGCCCGGAAGCCUCAGUACGACAUUUGGGGAAACACGGUCAACGUGGCGAGCCGCAUGGACAGCACCGGCGUGCCCGAGAAGAUACAGGUGACUGCUGACUUGUACCAGGUUCUGAACUCCUACAAUUACUCGCUGGAGUACCGAGGUGUGGUGACAGUGAAGGGCAAAGGCGACAUGAUGACCUACUUCCUCAACAGUGGACCCCCCCACAGCAGUUAAGGCACUUUUUUCCCCCUGGAUCUUCAAGGGGCCACGUUGGGAGACAUUCAACUGAACUGAGAGGAAUUUGAAGUCACCCCCCUCCCUUGCAGGAACUCAUGGACAGAGAGAAAAAGUUAAGACCAAAGAAGCUCAUUUCCCAUGAGCCAAAGUCCGACGUCUUCUGAGCUUCUGAACGCAACGUGAGCGCCCCUUUCCUGUUCCUCACGCUGUCUGCUUGGAGGCAGAAAAAACGAUGUCAGCAACAGAUGCUUUUAUAACUUUUGGAGCACUAAAUUCUAUAUUUUGUACAAAAACAUAGCGUAUUUGUCAUGUACUUAUAUUGAAUUUAACACUGGCAAUGUGGCAGCCUGCCAAAUAGAUAGAGCGCACCCCCCCCCCACGAUGGUACGACCCAGUGAAUGUCUAAUUGAGGCCUUUUACCUUCAUCACUUUACAAGAAAAGUAUUCAACACUGCAGCUGGUUCUGUUACAUUUUUAAGUUUUGAAUACAACUUUGGUGACCCCAAAAAUUAUUUUCAGAUCAUUUCAACUGGAUGAGUUGUUUUGGGAGUAUUUUUCAUACAGAACUAGUAAAAUAAGGAAAUUACGCCAGUUGGGAUGCUAUUAAUGUGACUUUAUAAAACACAAAGUAUAAAGGAGAUGUUUUAUUGUUCUUUUUAUGAAUGGCCGACGAAAGUAAUAAAUGAACCAAUUGUCCCA